GACCUUGGCCAUCAUUCCGUGACUUCGACGCGCCGUGAGCUUACAACUUCCUGAAUCGAAGAAUCCUAUUAUAUACCCAAGAUGUCCAAGUACAGCCUGAUCCUGUUGUCCGCCCUGCUGGGCUGCCUUGUUUCCGGUGGAUCGGCUGGAGCCCUUCGUUUAGAUAGCAACGAGAUCCGAGUGGUGCGGGAUAUCCAUGUCUUUGCCGCCCAGCAUCCGGGAUUGAGGAUCCAGCCAAUGGAUAUGCACAUCGUGCCCGGCAAGGCUCGUGCCGGAAGUCUUAGCGUUCGCUACAACCUGGGAGCCCGUAUUUCCAGCGACACUCUGGUCUACCAGACGGCCGACACCUUCGAGUUCCCACGGAACCAGGAUGUGAGCGUGCAGCUCGAUUACCCAGAGAAGCCCGGAGAUAAGAGCGCCGCCCUGUCCUACGUGGAGCUGACCUGCACCCAGGACGCCAGCGAUGGCACCGCCUACGUGGUGGCCGGAGGCAUCGGUCAGCGCUACAUCUCCAUUGUGCUGGAGGCCAAGAACACCAAGAACUUCUCCUACCAGGCUCUGUACUACGGCCAGUGGAUCUAGGCAUCGGCUUUCUCUAUCUAAUAGUUUUAUAUCUUACUUGAAAACUCAAAUUUAAAAUAUACGUGUUUGCAGGCAGCCUAAUUAGG